UUAUUUCGGAUCGUGAAGUGACGUCACACUACUGUAGGCGUUAGAAGCCGCCAUUGCACCGAAUUCGAAGACUAAUGUCUAUCUCAAAUACCUUCGAGAAAUCGUCCAAAUCUAACGACAUCGGUGAAGUUUACCCUCCAAUAUUAUUUUGAUAUUCUAAUUGAUAACCAAAUCAAAACGAUUCGAUUUUUAUUGAUCAGAUUAUUGCUCAUCAUUUUAUGUUUAUUUGGGAAUCCCUACCGGUGACAUAUCCGGAAGUCACUUCUCAGGGGCGUAACCGAACAGGUUGAAAGAAUUUACGAAGUCGAAGAGAUACAAGAUGGGUACGAAAGAUGAUGAGUACGAUUAUUUAUUUAAAGUUGUUCUCAUUGGAGACUCUGGUGUGGGCAAGAGUAACCUGCUAUCAAGAUUUACAAGGAAUGAAUUCAACUUAGAAAGCAAAAGCACAAUUGGUGUGGAGUUUGCAACGAGAAGCAUACAAGUUGACAACAAGACGAUAAAAGCACAGAUAUGGGACACAGCAGGUCAAGAAAGAUAUAGGGCAAUUACCAGUGCAUAUUACAGAGGGGCAGUAGGAGCGUUGCUUGUAUACGACAUUGCAAAGCAUCUAACGUAUGAAAAUGUAGAACGGUGGCUCAAAGAACUUAGAGACCAUGCAGAUAAUAAUAUUGUUAUAAUGUUAGUUGGCAACAAGAGUGAUCUGAGGCAUUUGAGGGCGGUCCCAACAGACGAAUCCAAAGUCUUUGCAGAAAGAAAUACACUAUCCUUCAUAGAAACUUCAGCCUUGGAUUCAACAAAUGUAGAACAAGCCUUUGUUCAAAUUUUGACAGAAAUUUACAAGAUAGUGUCACAGAAGAACAUUCGAGAUGGUGGUAACGGUGAGGACUCGCCCAGUUCAGAUGUGAAACCCAUAACCAUUCCACCCACACAUGGCUACACUGAACCCAAUAAGAGGAAAUGCUGUCAAUCAUAAGGUCCAAUCUUCUUACUGGCUCAUCGCUCGCACACAGGGAGAUGUUAAGAAAAAAUAAGAUAAUGAAAGGAAAUAGAUAUUGAAAAUAUUAUGUAAUAUUAUCUCCAACUCUCUUGGUUAUCCUGUUUAUGGCCGAAUGGGUUGGGGAUUGAUACCGUACGAGUCGUAGGAAUAUUGUGGCAGAUUCGACCCUCUAUCUUUUGUACAAAUCUAUUUGGUGUGUGUGUAAUUUACGGAGAUAUUCUGUGAAACUUUGCAGUAAGGAUGGCGGGGAAACUAAAACUUGUCUGUCAGUACUGCUGGUUGAGAAAAAAAAUGAAUUAAAAUCUAUUGUACAGAAGAUGAGAAAUGAUGGAAAGUCUUGCCUCUGUGGAUAAACUUGUGGCUACAUUGCUCUGGUUCCUAUACAAAUAUGCCCCAUGACAAAGGAAAAGACAGUCAAUGUUGAUGAUAACACUCCUGUGCUAUGCAUAUAUACCAUUUUAGGAACUUCCUAUUACUGUGAUGGUAAUGAGCAAAUGCUCACCAGAGAGCUUUGUCAUUUGCAGAGCAAUGUAGCUGUAAAACCUGUUUGAUAUUAAAGAAAAUGUAGCAAUUUUAAAUUGAAAGAAAGAUGAAUGAUUUGUGUGGUUAAUUAGAGGUGAAUGCAUUCCAUAGGAUUCUGUAGGCUCCAUAGUCUUUAAUUAAAUCUUAACUGGGUCUGUAUGAACACUAUUGAAUACCCACUCUCUUGCUCUCUGUACAAGGAAAUACUAUUAAACUCCUGGCUCAUUUGUUAGUGCUGCAGUAGUUACAUGUAUGAUAGAUUAAAUCCCAGAGCCUACAAAUUCAGACUCCCUUCAAAGAGGGAGAUGGGUUGAAUUGAACGUUCCCAUAUUUUACAAGUUAAAUUUCCUAUAAAAAAAGGGAAAUGAAAGGGUUGUUUAUGUUGUAAGUGAUAUUUUUCAGAAUGUAGAUAAAGGGCAUAACUGUAUAUGUGUCAGCCAGCACUUUAUACCAAAAGCACUGUACAUUUGGCAUGUUUUAUGCUUUAUGUGGGUGGGAAGGAGGAGGUUAUUGUUUAAUACAUGGUCAGUGGACUAUAUGUGGAAACUGGUUUGUGGCCAUUUUAUAAUUAAUUAUCUUGGAUAAAUUAGAUAAUCUCUUGAAAUUAAUUCAUAAAAUGCAUUUAAAAAAAAAUACUUCCAGGAUCAAACCAAUGUAGAUUCACAACCAUAGUAAACUCAAUUAGACAGACCAUUUGAAUUGAAACAGCAUAUAUGGUCAUGCUCUAGUGUAAGAAUACUUUGUGAAAAUAUGGGAUAUUUUUCUGCUGUAAGUUCUUUUAUUUCUCAUAUGUUUUUUUUUUCUUCAGAGUAUGAUAUUUUAUAAUACUAGAGUGAUUAUAGAAUUAUUUAUGUUAUUCCUGCUCUCAUUAUUUGAAAAAUGAUUUGAUAUGUUUGUGAGCCUUUGUAUAUACUGCCAUGAUUGUUUUUCUUUAAAUGCAGUACCUUGGCCGGGCCAUGUACAAAUCUUACAAAUUGUUAUGUUGAUUGGAUGAAAAUCUGCUCUAUGUGUACAUGCCAUGUACAGAGUAAUCUGAUUAUCAUCAUUUCUUGGAAAUGAGAUGAUUAAAAUAGUGUUCAAAAUGCUUUUAUUACAAUUAGGCCUUAUUCACAGUAUGUAUAAACUAUUACAAUGAUUUCAUAAAAGAGCUAGCAUGCACAGAGUACGUUAGAUAUGUAUGUCAUCUUGUAGGUGAUGACCUCAUGAUUAUGUUGAUAAGGUACACGUAUGUCUUAGAUUAGCAGUUUCCUCGUUCAUGGAAAUAAACUUUGAUUUUUUUUAGGUAAUGAUCCAAGGAAAUGUUUGUUGGUGCUGAACCUUCAGUGAUAUCAAUUUACUCAGCUCAUAAUAACCCUAUCUGUGGUAUGAAGUUCCUCUUAUAUGGGAUAAUAAAGGAUCCACAACUAAUUUUACCCA